AUGAGCUCAAGAUCGAGAUUCAAGGACUCGAGCACUCUUCCGUAUCGCGUACACGGGGUUGCCGCUCGCAAGCGAAUCCAAGAUGAUGGAGCUCUCACUUUCGUCCACAUCUCUCAUCCUGAAGACAUCAAGCAAAAAGGGGCCCGAAAAGCCGUUCGACGCCAUGUCAUGGGACGAGUGGGCAGAUCUCGCAAGAAGGCCCCUGUGACAUUCUCACUCUCGCUGAGGCCUACAUCACAAAGCCGCGAGCCUCCUCCUGACAGUCUGUUGCUCACUAACCCACAUUGCUUACAGCCAUUCGGACCCUAUCCCAUCAACACCGACUCGCGUGCCCUACAGCUCAUUCAAUUCAUGCAAACUGAGGGCGACUACCUGUACCGACCUUUCCGAUACGAGUGGUUCGUCAUGGCCGUCGCAGAUACCAGCGCCUUCUACCUGUCGCUAGCAAACGCGGCGCUAUUCAUGAACCAGAUCACCACUGGCAAGCAAGGAGCUACGGAAUAUAGCGACUGUGCCGAAUCUGCCAGGUACUACAGCGAAAGUCUAUAUCAAGUCACUCGGCGACUUGCGAGCAACACAGAACGCACGAGCGACGGCGUAAUCACCACCGUGCUCGGCUUUCUCUGUCAUGAUUCUAGUGUUGGAGCCUGGAAGCGCUGGCGGCUUCAUGUUAUUGGUCUCGAACGUAUCCUACGGCUCCGUGGAGAUGUCUCGCACCUUGGUCUAGACGUCGCUCUAUUCAUCUUGUGGAUGGAUGUUGUUGGAUCGGUCGUCGAUGAUUCCAAACCACAAAUCCCAAUUCUCCCGCAAGUUACCGACACCCAACCCUGUUUCGGAGAGAUCAGCUCGUUAUUGUACGCUCUCAUUCUACCUCUGGAAGACUCAUCCGAUGAUCUGAGGCUGGUAGGCACCGCUCUGAAAAGAGCAGCAAACCUUGCCACUGUAGUGAAUCAGAACAGCCACUGCCCUGCAUUCUGGAGGGAUGGCAAACUGGCUUCCAAACUAAUCGGUCCUUUGUCUCACUUCUUGCUGUCGUUUCCCCGACUUCCAGACAAACCCACGGACAUAUCACCAGAGAUCUUAUUGAGGGAAUUGGUCCGGCUGACCCUUCUUGUAAUGAUGGCCAGGCUCAAGAAGCAGUUUUCACUGUUAUCAGCCGAGACAGACUUAUUACAUGAAAAGUUCAUCGAUAUUCUAUCUUCGACGACGCACGUCUUCACUGCAUUUCCCGAGAUUGGCCUGUGGGCGAUCGUGGCCCUCACCUCACUGUUUCCGACGCAAAGCAACCUAACUCACCAAAAGAUCUGCCAGACAAUGACGAUUUUGAGGAUUUCAACAAGCGAAGCUGCCAUUGCUCUGGCAAAACAAAUUGUCUGGGUUGGGAUGUUAAUGGACAGCCAAGCCGAUGAGUUGGCGGCUGACAUCAAUCUCAAACUUGACGCGCAUGCAGCGAGCGGUGAAAAUUCAUGA